CACGGCUUCAAAAGGCGAUCCCCAAGGGGGGAGGCCAAGUGCUACUAAAAUUCCCUCAGAUUUACUAAACUACUAACUCCCAAGGAGCGUCCAAUCCUCUUAACUCAGUCCCAAGGAGACACAUUCCAAAGAUGGCGAUAUCGUACUCUAUGGCAGCCCAAAAGGCAAUGAGCGAGAGAGAAAAGCAGGACUUUGCUCUAAGGCAGGGAGGAACGACAAUGAGCAAAUCAGGGCAGAAGGCAUCUCAGUCAGGCACGGUGUCAAGAGCUGGUGAAGCGAAGUCGCGAUCUUUGGGGCAAAAGGCGAUGGAUUUCCUGCUGGAGAAAACGCAAAUCAAAGCAGAGAUCAAGAUUACGAAGGAGGUAAUCAAGGGAGAAGGGGGGAAGGAGGAGGAAGUGGAAGUUUGGGAAUACCCAGAAGAGGACAUUCAGUCGCUGAAUGAUCUGUACGAGAAGCACGCGGUCCUUUUUAACUUCUCGGGGAGAAGCAAAGAGCUUUCAUUGAACGAGAAGAGAAGGUGGGUGAUGGAUAGAUUGAUAGCCAUGGAGGACGUACCAAGAAAGGAACCAGAGAUCGUGCAGGCGGAGGAGGACCAGAGGGAGAGCUCAGGAGACACAGAGAGCGAAGCCUCAUCAGAGGAAGAGGAAGAAGAGGAGGAGGAACAGCAGGACGAGUUGGAUGAGAAAGACUGGUCAAGAGAGCAGUGGAUAAAGGAGGUAGAACAGCUGGAAUGGGGGAGAACGAUUGAGUGCGAAAUUAGACUGGCCUACCAUAAACACCUGAGGAACCUCCAAUAAGUCACACAAGCAAGGGAGGACAUCACUUUAGAAAACAGGUUUGAACUGCUAAGGAGGGAAGGAGAAAUCAAUGAGUUUUACGCUU